GGCGGGUCAUGAAUGAGUGUUGUUAUCAAUUUCUAUAGAAGCAUAUCAUAUGACAGAUUGUCAAAGAGGGACGUUUAAACUUAUCCAGCAAUCCGCCAUCACUGAUAUUGGACUAUACCAUGUAGUUUUAAGAGGGUAUACAGAUAAAAGCACCACUAUGCGGCCACAUGUAGAUCAGUUUUAUUUGCUGGUAAAUGUUGCCCUGAAGUAGGGUGUUUUAUAGAAAACUGAUUUCAGUAUCAUGGAAACAAAAUAUUCUAUAUACAGUUACAAUUUGACUGAAGAGUAUUAUAAAGAAAAACUUUGAAGUGAUGUCUUGGUUCAAGAGAUUAAAAGAUGAAAACGAUGCCUCGUAUCCUUCUCUUAUUAUUCAGCCUGUCUGUGAUGACCAUGAUGUUUAUAGCCCGCUGUGGUCUAUAUAUGGACGGACAUCUAGCCCAAUCAACACACGGUCUACCAACAUCUUCCCAUGAUCAUAAAGAUCUCAAACGUCAUGUACGAGACGUUCUUCAAGAGAAGGAGGUACAGCAUCUUAAAACGAUUAAAGGUCUACAGUCACAAAUUGAUAAUCUGGAAGCACGUUUAAAACAGGCUCAUAUCCGCUACAUGAAUGUAAGUCAUCACAUUGAAUCUGAAGCUAGAGUCAAAGAAGUAGAAAUUCAAACAUAUCAUGUCAUGCCAAAAAAUCUUUCUGAUUUUUCACAAUUUUUCAACGAACAGUUGCAAUCUGCCGAAAUUCUUCAAGGUGUCUCAUUAAAAACAGAAUAUGAUGUAGUGGCUUUCAAUCGCUUUACAUUAAAUCGUGUUUAUUUAGUUGAUCCAGGACUUGGAAAACGUGUCAUAGAAAAACCAAUUGGCUACAAGAAAAAAGAUUUAUUGGAAAUUAUAACACAUGCCACUGAAAAACUCAAUGUGAACCGUUCAGCAAAAGCCAAAAUGUUUUCCUAUGAAGAUUUCUUAGAGGGUAUUUAUAGAAUUGAACCUACUACAGGUUCCCAUUACGAACUUUAUUUUAGAGAUAUAGAUAUAAAUGGAAAUAAUGCAUAUAGAAAAGUUACACUUAUGCGGCCAUUUGGACCACCAAUGAUAGUUAAGAAGAAUCCAGUCAACACCAAUCAAGACUGGAUUAAUAUUAUUCUACCUCUGUCUGGACGAUUGGACACAUUUCGUUUAUUUAUGGAACGUUUUGUGACUGUCUGCAUAAAACAGGAUAAAAGGGUGUAUUUAACCGUGGUAUAUUUUGGAAUGGAGGGGUUACAAGAAGUUAAGAACAUCAUGUCUCAUAUUGCUAAACAAAAUAAAUUUAAACACAUGAAAUUAGUGACGCUAAAUGAGAAAUUUGCACGAGGAAGAGGCUUACAGAUUGGCGCGCUAAACUGGAAGAGUGGAGACGCUUUGUUGUUUUUGUGUGAUGUGGAUAUAGUGUUUAGUGCUGAAUUUCUCGAACGAUGUCGUUUAAAUACAGAUAGGGCAAAACGGGUUUAUUAUCCUAUUGUUUUCAGUUUAUAUAAUCCUAAUGUUGUAUAUGCUCUGCAAGACAUGACCAUUCCACAUUUAAAAGAUCAAUUAGUUAUAUCUAAAGAUACUGGAUUUUGGAGGGACUUCGGCUAUGGUAUGACUUGUCAGUAUCGUUCCGAUUUUCUCAAAAUAAAAGGAUUUGAUGAGCAUAUAACUGGGUGGGGUGGGGAAGAUGUAUUUUUGUAUCAGAAAUUUGUACGUAGUGACUAUAUGGUGGUACGUGCAACCGAUCCGGGUAUAUUUCAUCUGUGGCAUGAAAAAUACUGUGAUCCUAAUUUAACUCCAGAACAAUAUCGAAGCUGUAUACGAUCGAAAGCAUUAAAUGAGGCAUCUCAUGCCCAGCUGGGUCUCUUGGCUUUUAAAGAUGAAGUGGAUAUACACAGAAGUUUUAUUAAGAAAAGUCGUGGCCAAUAUAACCCCAGUCGUGAGAAAUAUUAAUCUUUAUAACAAAGUCUUGCCUUAUUAGCCUUUCAUCACCUGAAUUUUGUUACCUAUAUAAACCACACACAGCUAGUCAUCCUUGUGAUAAAAAUAAAUCAAUAAUGGAAUGUUACGUAUUGCAUUUACUGCUAAAAAAGUUGGUUUACCAGACUAGGGUAGCUCAAAUUAAAUGCAAGACCUGUGGUCAUAUUUAGAAACAAAUUUUUUUGGUAUUCAACAAUCGAAAAUCGCCCCAACCAAUGCUUGGCUUAAGUGAACACCCAAUCUAAUUAAAAAUUGGAUCUUUAUUUCAUGUUAGUUUUUAUAAAGUUUGAGCUUUGAAGGUUUAUGGCAGAAAGGUUUAAUAAUGUUUGAACUAAUUUCAUUUAAACUGGUCAACCAAAUCUCAUCUGGAUAAACAGUUUAGGCCAACUGCAAGACCAUAUGGUAUAUUCUGAAGGCUUUGCAUGUAAGUUGGUAUACUAUAAAAAUGGCAACUCAAGCAGUGCAUGACUUUAUGAUGGUGUUUGAUAGAUGUACUGUGAUGCUAAACACCUGUCAAAAUAAGAAUUCUAUAAUUACAACAAAUAUUUUUACUCGAUACAUGUUCAAUCUUUAUCCUGUCAUUAACAAGUAUUGAUGAACAUCAUUUUAUUUUUUAGAAUAUACAAAUCUGUUCUUGCCAUGAGAUUUAUAUUUAUUAUUGUUAUAUUACGAUACAUCUAGUCAUUUUAUUUUGUCACAUUUCAGUAUUGCCAAAGUUUAAGAUAUUUUUUCUAGUCCCAAAUCAAUGUUAUUAUGCGGUUUUAUUUAUCUAAGCAAGGAAUAUCAUAAGUUUAUAUUAAGUACCAUUUGAAAUCUAUAUAUAAUUGGUAUAAUUUUUAAUAAAUCAUUAUUAUAGAGGCCAUUAUACAAAAAUGACAUUUUGUUUGUUGGACCAAUUUGUUAUCUGUAUUUUGUUAUGAUGAAGAUAUCUUAUUUUAUUAUAGUGAUUUGGUGAACUUUAACUAAUAAAGUAUUUCAAACUUUAUGUAGAUUUUAAGAGAAAGGAACACAAGUUAAGCUUAAAGGGGCAUUAGGUAAGAUUAGAUAAAAAGCUGACAUUUCUCGCUAUAAUAGUUACAAUAUAGAUAAACCUAGAUAUUAGUGAUCCAAUUUGAGACUAGCCUCGAUUGUCAUCACUACCGUUGUUACGAUAAUGAACAAAGUCUUGAUUAUCCAUUUGUAUAGUUAUUUCAUGCACAACAAACCGAAACGUAUUCAAAUUCACUAAACAUCGCAGGCUUACGAUGGCAUCGAGAGUUGAUUAUGGUCUUGAUAUGUUAAGUAAUGUCUCAUUAACAAUUUAGAUAACAUUUCAGGCCUAAAAAAUACCUGCAAUAGGUAGAAUUAGCUCUUGCAUAAUGCAUGUUUAAGUAGGCCUAUUCUCCAAAAAACUUUUAUGAAUUUUUAUUUUUCAUGCUAUUCUUUUAUUGAGAUUCUCACAUUCAAGAAUGAUAUGUCAACUUGUAUUUAAGUAUUAUUUUAUUUUUUAAAUUAUUUUCAAUUUUUUAUAUACAUACUUAUGCUACGCCUUCUUUUGCCUUUUCUGUUGAAAUCCAGUGUUCCACAGUUGUUCUAAAACCAGUAUUAAGAAUUACCGGUAGUGUAGUUUACACAAAAACUGAGAUAUCCAUAUUGAAUCUACAGACAACAGUAUAUAAAUGUCAAAAUGUAAUGUUAUUGUUUCAGGCUGCCUUUAUUUUAUAAUUGUUGAAAUUUAAUGAAAUCCACAUGUUUUAUUUAUAAAGUUACAGAGUAUAGGGCUGUUGAAUUUGCUUAUUUUACUUUUAGUCUCAUUAGUUAUCUUUUUAUACUAAACGUUUUUGUUAGAGACAGAAAGCAUUUUAUUGUAUAAAGUGUAAUAGUAUCUCAUCUUGCAAAAAUGACACAAGUCAGAAAACAGACACAGCAACUAGUUGCUUAGAUCAAGGCAAAUGUUAACAGUUUAGCAAAUUGUUCUUUUAUCUUUAAAUACGCCCACAUGGAAAUGUGGUUGUAUAUUGCCAUCGUUCCCGUCCGUCGGUCCGUCAUCCACAAUUUCUUGUGAACACUCUACAGACUAUAUUUAUCAACUGAUUGUUUUGAAACUGAUGAAUGUCGUUUACAUUAGUCAGAUGAAGAAGCCUAUUUAUAAUUCAUAAUUCCUGUUAGUUUGUUCUGGAGUUAUGGCCCUUUUUUCUCUUUAUUGCACCUUGUGAAUGCUCCAACAUCAACAAUUAUCAUCCGAUCUGUAUGAAAAUUAUAUGCAUUCUUUAAAUUAGUGAAAUGAAGAAUCCUAUUGAAUUUCAGCAAUUUCCGUUAAUUACGUUUGAUCUGUAUGAAAUUUAUAUGCAUUAUUUAAAUUAGUUAAACGAAGAAGCCUAUUGAAUUUCAUCAAUUUCUGUUAAUUACAUCGAGAGUUAUGGCCCUGGUUUUACUUUGCUUUAGCUACAAAAGUUAUCAUCCGUCUAUAUGAAUUUAUAUGCUUUAUUUGAAUUAGUGAAAUGAAUGCUCUAACAUCAAAAAUUAUCAUCCGAUCUGUAUGAAAUGUAUAUGCAUUAUUUAUAUUAGUGAAACGAGAAAUCCUAUUGAAAUUCAGCAAUUUCUGUUCAUUACGUCUAGAGUUAUGGUCCUUAAUUCAUUUUGUUGAACCCUCUGAACACUUUAACGACAAAAGUGAUCAUCCAAUCUGUAUGAAAUUUAUAUGCAUUAUUUAAAUUAGUUAAAUGAAGAAUCCUAUGGAAUUUCAUCAAUUUCUGUUAAUUCCAUCUAGAGUUAUGACCCUUGUUUUACUUUGUUGAACCUUGUAAAUGCUCUAACUACAAAAGUUAUCAUCCAUCUAUAUGAAAUUUAUAUGCAUUAUUUGAAUUAGUGAAAUGAAUGCUCUUACAUCAAAAAUUAUCAUCGGAUCUGUAUGAAAUUUAUAUGCAUUAUUUAAAUUAGUGAAAUGAAUAAGCUUAUUUAAUUUCAGCAAUUUCCAUUAAUAACAUCUAGAGUUAUGGCCCUUAUUUCACUUUGUUGAACCUUGUGAAUGUUCUAACAACAAAAGUUAUCAUCCGAUAUGUAUGAAAUUUAUAGUGUUAGGAAAAUGAAAAAGUGUAUUGAAUAUCAGAAAUUUCAGUCAAUCGCUUCUAGAGUUAUGGCCAUUGUUUUACUUUUUAGCACCUUGUGAAACUGCAAAGAACGAAAAUUAUAAUCUGAUCUGUAUAAAAUUGUCUUGUAAAUGCCCCCCCCCCCCAUUACCCACAAAAGAUUAAAUAUG